AACAAACAAUCAAAUGUCAGCUGGCUAUUUGUUGCGCUUGGAACUGUUCUCGAUUGGCGCUUGCUAAAACUAUAGCAAAAAUGCUUGCCGGUGGUAAUGGCGAUCCGAAUCCAAACGCAUCCUGGCUCGAUUCCCGUGGUUUGUGGCUUGCAUACGUGCUAGGCAUCACCAUCUUCCACAUUGUUCUGCUGGCCAUACCGUUUGUGCAGAUCCCGUACGCGUGGACAAUUACGAACAUCGCACACAAUCUGGCCCAUUUGUACUUCCUGCAUUGCAUAAAGGGCGCCCCAUGGAUGAGCAUCGAUGCGGGUGAGAAUCGCAAGUACACGCACUGGGAGCAGAUCAACAGUGGCGAACAGUUAACGACGACGAGAAAAUUCCUGACCGCAGCUCCAAUCGUUUUGUUCCUGCUGACGUGUCUUUACACGCGCAACGAUAUCGAUCAUUUUAUUGUCAACUUUAUUUCGCUCGUCGUGGUACUCGUACCGAAGUUGCCCCAAUUCCAUGGCGUACGCCUGUUUGGUAUAAACAAAUACUAAAAAGGGUUGGUGCGCGUGUGAAACGGUGUGGCUGAAAACGGAUUAACGCCCGUCAGGUCCGUCUGCAAGAGGAGCAGCAGCAGCAGCAGCAGCAGCAGCAGCAGCAGCAGCAGCAGCAGCAGCAGCAGCGCCCCGUAGCGGGACGUGAGGCUGCGGCAAACCCGCUCGGAACAGGCCUGGUGGUGUAGAGGCGGUGGUAGAGGCGGGAGCUGGACUGCUACCCCGCCGGAUCAGCAGCAGUAGCAGCACCAGCAGCAAAUUCAGCUGAUCGCUAUAAAUCGGUACGUUGGAUGGAUGGAUAAAAGGGUGAGACAAGUGUUUCAGGGUUAAAGAUGUUAGAAAAUGGAAUUUAAAUUCCAAACUUUCAAAGACGUGUCCGUGUGUGUGUGUGUUGGGCGAAAAGUGGAGUUGCUUUUGGGUUUUUUUCUCAAAAGUAAAAAAGUGGAAAAGUUUAGUAUAAAACGUAACCGUGCUGCUGUCGUCUGUGGUGGUUGUGCUUCUAUCGAUAGAGAGAGAGAGAAUCAGUGUUAGAAAGAGGAUUAUCGAGAGAAAAAGGGAGAACGUGAGAGAGCGAGCGAGAGUGGCAAAGAAUGGCGAGCGAAUAACCUGUCGACGCGGAGGCAGCUGUAUCGAAAUGUGCGUACAGCUCGGUGCGGUGUAUUAGCGUUUGUGCGAACGUGUGUGUUUGUGUGUGUGUGUGCGUGUCGGCUCGCGAAGGUGACUGUCGCCAUGCAAGCGCGCUGCUGCUGUAAUGCAAUGUUGAGAGCAUUUGAAAUGCUUUGAGUGAAGGAAAAAGCGCGUGAAAAGAAACGACGGUGCAAAGGAGAAACAAAAUUAUUGUACGUGUGUGCAUGUGUGUGUGUGCGUGUGUAUUCCACUGUGUGCGUGUCUGCUCUCUGUAACGCGAGCGAGACUGUGUGUAAAAAAAGCGAUUCGUUGUCGUCAGCCGUCAUCUUGGCAGCAGCAGCAGCAGCAGCAGUAGAGCAAGCAGCCAACAUUUUUGACAGUACAAAACUCGGCGCGGUAAUUAGUUUGGAUCUCGUUACGGCAAAGAUUUACGUUCUACGUGCGUUUCUGUGCUACCUAUCGAGCUUGUAGGACGUUAUUUAAACGGACCAAUUGCAGUGAUUUUUCAG